AACCAUAUUCUUGCAAAACAUGUGGGAAAGCGUUUAGCCUCUUUGCAAACUUAAAACGUCACAUGAGAAUUCACAAAGAUCAGAAGCCUUUUAUCUGUGAAAUGUGUGGGAAGGCUUUCAGCCAAUGUACAAAAUUAGCUGAUCACAUUAGAGUCCACACAGGUGAGAAACCGUUUACUUGCAAAACAUGUGGGAAAGCCUUCAGUCAACAUGCAAACAUAGUGAAACACAUGAGAACCCACACAGGUGAGAAACCGUUUAUUUGCAAAACAUGUGGGAAAGCUUUUAGCCAACGAGGACACAUGGCAGCGCACAUGAGAAUUCACACUGGUGAGAAACCGUUUACUUGCAAAACAUGUGGGAAAGCGUUCACACUAAACAGUAACUUAAGAGAUCACAUGAGAACCCACACAGAUGAGAGGCCAUAUUCUUGCCAGACAUGUGGGAAAGAUUUCAAGUGUAAUAGUCACUUGAAUCAACACAUGAGAACCCACACAGGUGAGAAACCAUUUACUUGCAAAACAUGUGGGAAAGCUUUCAGCCAACAAGCACACAGAGCGAAACACAUGAGAACCCACACAGGUGAGAAGCCGUUUAACUGCAAAACAUGGGGGAAACCUUUCAACCAUCGUACAAAAUUAACAUUUCAUAUGAGAAUCCACACUGGUGAGAAACCAUAUUAUUGCAAAGCGUGGGAAAGAUUUCAGGUGUCAUAGUGAAUUGAUUCGACACAUGAGAAUCCACACAGGUGAAAAGCUGUUUAUUUGCAAAAAGUGUGGGAAGACGUUCACGCAAAACAUUACCUUAACAGCUCAGAUGGGAACCCACACAGGUCAGAAACCAUUUACUUGCAAAACGUGGGAAAGA